GUCGAGGCGAGCAAGGGCCAUUACUUUUUCAGCCCUGACGAUCCCUGACGCUCCGAGCGCUGUUGGAGGAGUAUGCAACGAAUAAUGAUAAGGGGCAGGCACUCUUUUUAAAAAGUCAAGGCCCAGCUGCUCGUGUGAGGUGUUAAGCUGCGCGCACUGCAGGGCACGUAUUCGCAGGCACUGCCCAAGCAGGAAAACGAGGACGGCACAAUUUCAUUCUCAGCGUCAGAUGCUUCGCUCUUGUACCCUCUUGUGCCUUCCCCCAUCCUGAAUCUCCUUUCCACGUGCCUUGACUCCUCGAGCUUGGUCAUUAUACCUAGAACGCGCGCGCGAGAGAGAGAGAGAGCGAGCGAGCGAGGGUUACGCCAUUCGCCUUUCCCGUCAGAACAAAUCAGAUCGGCUAUUGUGCUUCAUUAUCACCUGGCAAUCAGUGCUAUCAGGCUUAUCUCUGUCUGGGUAUCAGUUUUGCCAGUACCCGCCUGUUCCUGCGAUUCCCGACCACUUCCUCCUGACUACCCACGAGCCCACCGUCCAGGUGACAAGGUUUCGGAAGAGAUCGCGCCCUACAACAGGGAAAUUCGUGAAAGGAGUAGCGCAGCCUCGACGCAGAUUGGCCAGAUUCGGUGGAACAGGGAUCAGCAGGGAGCCAAAUGCAGGCAGAUUCAUUGAGAAGAGUCCAGGAUAUUGCGAGACAAAGAGAAGGUGAAAUAUGACGCUGGGGAACCAACGAUCGGCGGGGACGAGAGCCAUACUACGAGAACUCCCAGCACCCAUACUGGCACCUCUAGGCCCUCUCAAGGCCACAGCAAAGAUCAGAGCCAAGGUCAAGGCCAGGACACCGUUGGCGGCUCAAGUGGAGGAUCCAGAUCCAGUCGUGAACCACGGCAGCCACCACCACCACCACCACCACCAUCACCAAACCCAGGUAGACGGUGAAGUGGAAAGACUCGAAGACGAAAGUGUGAACAGCAGUAGCGGGCGAGGGAGAUCCAACACGACAUCCUCUUUCUGGACAACGGGUUCGUCGUCGAGCUCGAUACCUGCCAUAACGUUCAGCGAGUGCAACCAUCCCGAUCCUCAUCACGAAGAUAUCCACGAAGCUGCAAGUUCUCCGAUCGAAGCACCCAUCGAAGCCGAAAUCGUUGCAGCAGAGGCACCGUCAGGCACAGGCCCAAGCCUAGGUUCCGCCACUAACGGGGCCUCGGCGUCAUCGGUGUCAUUUGCGGGAGCCUUACCCAGAAGAGUGCCCCGAAGGACUCAUCAGCCCACAGAGUUUGGGCCAAGAUCGGCAUCUUCAGCAUCAGCAUCAUCAGCAGCGCCCAGUGCGCCCCCAGCGCCAGCACCACCACUGCCGGUAUCAACUGGCGGCGGGAGAACAGCCGGAGUGGACCAUCAUCAGAGGGACCCGCGGCUGAUAACACAGAUUAGGCCGCUCCUUCGCUUAAACCGCAAGCAUUCUCCCGAAUGCUCCUCCGGCCACCAUGAGCCAGUCUUGCGCCCUUCCUUGAACCAGCAGCGUCCUUCGAGUUCUUCCUCUUCGUCUACCUCAGCCGACCGUCACCUUCACGGAGCGGCACCGUCCAGAUCACAAGCCAUGGCGCUCAAAUUCCUGAGUGCCCAUACCCCUCACUCGGGCUCAAGUAGCAGCGUCAAGUACUUCGAUAUCCGCCUUGACAAUGACUACAUUGUCUUUCGGGGCAACGAAGACGAGGCUGCCAGUGCCCAACUUUCGGGCUCUCUGGUUCUAUGCCUCACGGAACCCAUGACGAUCCACCAUGUUGACUUGACUCUGAGUGGAAUCCUGCAUAUGUCAUGGCAGACCACUUCCACAUCCUCCAUGUCGGGCAGGCGCACCACUUACAAAGAGAAGACCUUCUUCGAGAAGAAUUGGACAUUCCGAGACCCGGGGAAAGGGAAGACUGAAGUGUUACAACCUGAUAACUAUGAGUGGCCAUUCCGAUGCAUCCUCGAAGGCUCUCUGCCCGAAAGUGUGGAAGGUCUGAAAGAUGCAUGGAUCAUCUACCGCCUGAAGGCCGAAAUCAGCCGCAAGAGAGGGAGGGACAUCGUCGUCCGCAAACCAUUGCGCAUCGUCCGUACACUGGAUUCGAACGCAUUGGAGCUUUCUCAUGCAAUGUCUGUCGAGAACAUAUGGCCGAAUAAGAUAGAAUACUCCAUCAGCAUCCCUAACAAGGCAGUCGCCUUUGGGUCAUUCGUACAAGUUGACUUCAAACUGAUAUCUCUCUUGAAGGGUCUGGUUAUCGGCAAUGUCUCCACCCAGGUUAAGGAAGAGCAAGAGUUUGUCGUCGAUCCAGAGUGGGGUAUAUCUGCUUUAAACAAUGGGCAGACCAAAACGGACAGGGUCAUUGCGUCAGACCUUUACAAGGUCAACCCAGAGAAUGAUGAGCAGAUUAUCGAUGAGGUCGCCGAGGGCUAUCAAUUUUCUCGAUAUCUCGAGUUGCCCAAGUCGCUGAACCAGUGCCUACAAGACUGUAAUGUCAAAGGGAUCAAGGUUCGACAUAAGGUGAAAUUUAACGUCCAGUUACACAACCCCGACGGCCACAUUUCCGAACUCCGCGCCAAUCUUCCAGUUUCAUUUUACAUAUCUCCCAGUCUGCCUAUCAACGAAAAUAACGAUCUGGUCGACCAAUCGCCUCAAGCUGGAAGGGCGGCUAUUGCUAACGAUCUCGCUAACGCAGCGCCGCCGGUUUACGGGAAGCACACCUUGGACGUCUUAUAUUCUGACGUCGAUGGCUAUCGAACGCCUGGAACUGCACUUUCAACCCCAGGAACCCCAUACCUCCACAGCCGCCACGCAUCCCACGAAAAUCUCGCAAGUCUCGCUGCGAUGGCGAAUGGAAACUACGUGUCACCCAUAGCUCUUCAGAGCAGACUUCAGGACCUCCGAGUGGGCGACUCUUUCAUCCAGGAUCUACGGAGCAACGAAGACAGCGAGAUAAGUAACUUAUCGCUGCCGGUGAAUGGACGGUCCCGGAGGAAUUCAUCGUCUACGACAAUGCCUGAAGAUUAUUUCGCGCCACAUGAUGCAUCCAAUGCGAGCCCGCAUCCCCGAGUCAGCCCUAAUGAUCAAGGUGCGUGCUCGGGCGGUCCUUCUCAUACGCCCAGUCAACCGGGCAGCCUCAUGAUGUCACGUCGAACUUCCGAAGAAGAAGAGGGACAGCAAUCUGGCGCUAGAACGCCAUUCCCCCAGUACGAUCAUAUGGAGGAUCUGGCUCGCGUUCCCUCAUACACCACAGCAGUCAAAACCCCUGCUCCAAGAACGCAAUUUGAUCAGUCGAUACCUCUUCCGACCUACGGGGCUGCUGUUACCGAUCCCAGUCCGCCGCCGCUGGCGGAACCCCCAACUGCACACCUUCGGACUUCCCCAAGGUUGCCGGGUACUAUAACAGUGACAGCAAAUUCACCGGACUCGCCCGUGAACAGCGUGCCAAGGACGUCAAUUUCUCACAGAAACGUGAGUUCAAUUCAAGACGAUGAGAGAAGGUUGCGGAUGAUGCAACUGCGAGGUCGAUAG